GCUGUCUCUAAUUAUUAGCCGCAGGAUAAAUUUCGGAGAGAGUCCCGAUCCCGAUCCCACUUUCAGUUUUAAUAUUCUUGAGAUAAUGAAGUUGAUCCUUGUAUUGGCUUGUAUUCCAGCUCUCAUUGAAGCUGAAUUCGCUUGGAGUUACAAAUGUGGCGAGGACUCUGUUUGUAAGAGGGUCCCCUUAGCAGAAACGAACGGAGAGUACACCCCAUUACCAAAGUGUCGUUUGGCUUGCAAAGCAGGUGGAACCCUGUGGCCAUAUCCUACGGGUAGUGUCCACAUCGGGUCUGGUGUUAUCUCUGUUAAUGUCGCCAACUUCGAAAUCGUAGCGGCCAGAACAACUCGUUUACAAGAAGCUGUGGCAGUGUUCCAGAACCACUACAAACCUUUCACUGCUGCUGGAGACGCAAAACAGGUGAAAGUUCAGUUCCAAAUCUCAGACGAGACCAGUGAACUGGACCUGAAAACUGACGAAAGUUACAGACUCUGGAUCCAGACCUACAAUGGAAAUGUUAUUGUGGUCGUCACUGCCCUUACUUUCCAGGGAGGUAGACAUGGGUUGGAGACCCUCUCUCAGCUGAUCCAGUGUGAAGAACAAAGUUGCUACAUGGCUAGUGACGUCCUUAUCAAUGAUGCUCCUAAGUACCCCUGGAGGGGAGUUUUGUUGGACACUAGCCGUAACUACUUCCGCGUAGAAACUAUCAAAAAGGUGAUAGACGGACUCUCAGCCUCAAAACUGAACACCUUUCACUGGCACAUCACGGACACACACAGUUUCCCAUUCCACUCCAAACGACGACCAAGGAUGACAGAGUGGGGAGCCUAUAGUCCUGAGCAGAUUUACACUGACGAGGAUAUUAAAGACAUCGUACAUUACGCUGACAUCCGGGGAGUGAGAGUUGUUCCGGAGUUAGAUGCUCCAGCACACAGUGGUAACGGGUACCAAUGGGGAGAGGAGGAAGGCCUGGGCAAGCUGGCAGUCUGCAUCAACAAGGACCCCUGGGAGAAGUUCUGUGUGGAGCCUCCUUGCGGACAGAUGAACCUGGCUAAUCCUAACUUGUACGAUGUUGUCGAGGAUAUUUACAAAGACAUGCUGGACAGUUUUACAGGAUCUGCAUUCCACAUUGGAGGGGACGAGGUCAACUUUAACUGCUGGAAUACAACUCAAGAGAUUACUGACUACAUGGACAGCAAGCAAAUCCCACGCUCCGAGGAAGGUUUUAUGGAGCUGUGGAACGAGUACCAAGUAGAAGCUCUGAGUAGGUUCAAGAAAGCUAACGGAGGUAAGCUGAAGGACAUGGUGCUGUGGACCAGCCACAUGACGGAGCCUGAGUUCCUCCAUUAUUUGGAUCCUAGUAUCUACACUGUUCAAUACUGGGAGAGCUCCACCAACAAACAGCUGCCGAACCUGGUGAAGAAAGGUUUCCAAGUGAUCAUGAGUAACUAUGACGACCUGUACCUCGACUGCGGAUUUGGAGCCUGGGUAGGAGAGGGUAACAACUGGUGCUCACCUUACAAGCUAGAGGGUAACAACUGGUGCUCACCUUACAAGGGCUGGCAGAAGAUCUACCAUAACGAUCCUAAGAAGUACCUGGCUGCACAGGGAGUCACAGAUCCAACACUUUGGGCUAACAUAGUCGGUGGAGAAACAGCUCUGUGGACAGAGCAGGCGGGUGAUCAGAACGCGAUGACAAAGAUAUUCCCUCGAUCUUACGCUCUAGCUGAACGCUACUGGUCCGACCCGACUACAGGUUGGUUUGAGGCAGAGCCCAGGCUAGUGUACUUCAACUCCGUGAUGGAGAAACAGAGGGGUAUCUAUGGUAACUCACUGAAGCCUGAAUGGUGUGUGCAGAGUCAAGGAAUCUGCAAACUCAACUAAUUGCAUCGUGUAAUUGAUACACUAAUAAAAUUAAAUUUUAA